CGAUAUGGACCCGACACGCGCGCCCACCGCACCGUCCGUACUACACCUGAAGCGUGGUCACCCCAUGCGGAGCGGACCGGAGUUGCACUGUUUUAGGUCUCCUAAGUACUGAGUAAUUAGAUCACAAUGAAGCGAGACGCGUACGGCGACGACGGCCCCAUGCAGAAGCGCAACCGACACAACGACGACGAAGUCACCUUCCUCAUACCGAGCAAGGUGGCUGGCUCGAUCAUCGGGAAGGGCGGCUCUAACAUAUCCAAGCUUAGGAGUGAGUACAAAGCCUCUAUAACAGUCCCAGAUUGUCCAGGCCCCGAACGGGUGCUCUCUAUAACCGCCCCGGACACGGAGACCGUGGUGGAAAUUGUGAAGCAAAUCCUCCCGAACCUGGCUGAGGGUGGGCCGAGAUCCAGUAACGAAGAUCUGGACGUCCGCCUACUGAUUCAUCAGAGUCGAGCCGGCUGUGUCAUAGGAAAAGCUGGGGCCAAAAUCAAGGAAUUGAGAGAGAAAACUGGCGCGCGACUUAAGAUCUUCUCAAACCCGGCGCCUCAGAGCACCGAACGUGUUGUGCAGCUGGUUGGCCGAGACGAGGCGGUCGCUGCGGGAGUGAGAGAGGUGCUGGAGUUAGUGCGACAGGUGCCCAUAAAAGGAGCGAUCCAGGCGUACGACCCUCAUAACUACGACGACUACUAUUCCGACGAGUAUGGCGGAUUCGGCAACGGCCAGGGCGGGCGGGGCUCGCGCGGGGGCCCGUCCCGGGGUCCUCCGGGCCGCAUGCCGCCCAUGGGGCCCAGCCGCGGCCCCCGGCCCCCCGUAGGCCGGAACGGCCCACCGCCGAGACCUUUCAACGACUUCCCGGGCCCCGGACCCAGAGGGGGCAACUUUAACGGCCCCCCGCGCGGCAGCUUCGGCAGUAACAGCGGUGGUGGGGGCAGCGGAGGCGGCUUCGGCCGCAACGGCCCCGGGGGCAGCUUCAACGGCAACCAGGGCGGCCAGGGCGAGACCACUACGCAAGUCACUAUACCCAAAGAUCUGGCCGGCGCGAUAAUCGGCAAAGCGGGUACCCGCAUCCGCAAGAUCAGAGCGGAGAGCGGCGCGUCCAUAGAGAUAGCGGAGCCGCUGCCCGGCGCCAACGACCGCAUCAUCACCAUCACCGGCAGCCCGCAGCGCAUACAGAAGGCGCAGUAUCUGCUGCAGCAGAGUGUGCACGAGAGCAAUCCAAACUUGGGACGCGGGAAUUUCUGAUUUACAUAGAGAUAUAGUAUAGAUAUAAGAUGCUAUCACUUACCUGAUGAUAUACAAGCAUGUAGAUUGAGAUAACGAACCUCAGUUUUAAAGAUAUUGUGGAAGUGCAUUUAUCCUAAUAAAGUUUAAUUUUAUAAAUAAGGAAUCGCAAAUAUGAUUUAAUAAUGGUUACAUCGAUCUAUUUUAAGUGAUUAGUCGAAAUAAAUGUUUUAUUUUGUA